AUGAAGGGGACCUUACCCACCAGCAGCCUCCUGCUGCUAUUGCUGCUGAGCCCAGACCCUGGAGGAGCAUUGUUACUGCCACCCAGCACCACCUGCUGUACUCAGCUCUACCGACAGCCACUCCCGAACAAGCUGCUGAGGAAGGUCAUCCGGGUGGAACUGCAGCAGGCUGAUGGGGACUGUCACCUCCAGGCCUUUGUGCUUCACCUGGCUCAACGCAGCAUCUGCAUCCACCCCCAGAAUCGCAGCCUGGCUCAGUGAUUUGAGCCUCAAGGAAGGAGUCUCCUGGGAACUUUGCCCAACCUGAAUUUUGGGCUGCUGGGGAAAAAGGGCUGA